UGAUAGUAGGUGAGGACCAUAGAUAAAUAACAACGACUGAAAAUAGAAUAUUCUGCACGUCUCUGGCCAGCGCCUGGGGUGAAAAAACUGACUCAGAUCCUGUUUGGCUUCACCGAUUGCCUGUAGGAGAAAGAAUAUAGCUUAAACUGCGUGUCUACUUGUAGAAGUCGUCACACAAAACAUGGCAACAAGAAUCGGACUUCUCCUAAAAUAUAGAAAAGUUGGAGCAUUAUGUGCUGUAGUUGGAGGAGGGAUUAUCUGCCAUGGUAUCUACAAGACAAAGAAUAAUUUGGUACUGGCCAAGACAACAUUGGGAUCAUCUUCUGUCGCCCAGGCCAAGGAACUUAUGGCAGAUCCUAUCACUGAUAUCACGAUUCUAGAAAAGGAGGACAAAAUGAAAGCAAAGAUGGAACUCUUCAUUAUGAAAACACAGGCCAAAAUCUGCAAAGCUCUGGAGGAAAUAGAAGGAGAGAAGAAGUUCAAGAUUGACAGAUGGGAAAGAUCGGAGGGAGGAGGGGGUAUCACCUGUAUCAUGGAGGAUGGAGAGGUGUUUGAGAGAGCGGGUGUUAACAUCUCGGUCGUACAUGGCAAGCUGUCCUCCAAGGCCGCUGCACAAAUGAGAGCAAGGGGGAAGCCCCUGACACCUGGCAAAGAGCUCCCAUUCUUCGCUACAGGUAUCAGCUCUGUCAUUCACCCACGCAAUCCCAUGGUGCCUACCCUGCAUUUUAACUACCGUUACUUUGAAGUGGAGCAAGACGGAGAGUCCCAGUGGUGGUUUGGCGGGGGUACAGACUUGACCCCCUACUAUUUAGAUGAAGAGGAUGCAACACAUUUUCAUCGAACGCUGAAGGCGGCCUGUGACCUUCACGACCCCGAGUACUAUUCAAAGUUCAAAGAAUGGUGCGACAACUACUUUGUUGUGGAAUUCAGAGGUGAAAGGAGAGGUCUUGGUGGAAUAUUCUUUGAUGACGUCGAUCAACCAUCUCAAGAAAAAGCAUUUUCAUUUGUCAAAAGUUGUGCAACGGCAAUCCUACCUUGUUACAUUCCUAUUGUUACCAAACACAUGAAAGAUCCAUAUGGAUACAAAGAAAGGCAAUGGCAGCUUUUAAGGAGAGGAAGGUAUGUAGAGUUCAACCUUGUGUAUGACCGUGGUACCAAGUUUGGUCUGUUCACUCCUGGAGCAAGGAUAGAGAGCAUUCUCAUGUCGCUUCCUCAGACGGCUAAAUGGCAAUACAAGCACUCGCCACAAGAGGGCAGCAGAGAGGCAAAGCUGAUGGAGAUCUUAAAGAAUCCAAAGGAUUGGGUCUGAGUGUGAUUCAUUUCAAAUCUUUGUGCAAUCAUGAUUCCAAGACAGUGCUGGGUGAUAUUUCGAUUUUAUCAAAAAUUAUGCGAUAUUGAAGAAAUAUUUAAUAAUGGUUUUAUGAUUAUGUUCAUAUAUUGCAGUAACACGAUAUUCCCAAAAUAUUGAUGAUUAUAAUUAGUUAAUCACUGUUUUACACAACAAAUUCUGUUCAGUACCAACUCAUAACUUUGUGAGUUGGUACCCAAAUGUCCGCUUUUCCUGGACAAGCACCAAAGAGAAAAAUUAGAAUCAUUCCCCUUUCGUAUAAUGUAUUUUCAGACACGGCGAUGUAUUGUGUUAUCAACAAUAUUUUGCUACUGAUAAUCGAUCAACGUGAAAUUGAAUAUCAACCUGGGGACGGUUUCAUAAAACAUGUUACGAUAACAAAUUUACGAUGACAGUUAUAAACUACUGAAAUACUUCAAUUUGAUUUGUUAUAGAAAUCUUGCAUUUGUUAUUAUAACAAGUCUUUAUGAAACGAGAUGCAGCACUACCUAGACAUUAUCACUUAAACCGUGUUUAUUCAGUUAUCUGUGAAAUGAUUCAAAGUAUGAUGUAGAGUAGAUCCAGUUUUAGAGUGGAGGGCAGGAAAUAGGAAACCUUUGCAUUAGACCUUUUACAACAAUGAUUUAUCACGGAUCGAUGCACAGGUUUUUAUUGUAUGUCCUCCAGCAUGGCUGCUUGUUAGAAUACUCUGAAACAGUUGCAGAGACUGCAAUCUUGUAUUUUUUUCCCCAGCAUCAACACCAAACACCAGGGGGGUGUUUCACAAAGAUUUAAGUAUGACUU